UAAUGAUUAAUGUGCAACAAUGAAACAUGACCAAAAGAACUUGAAAUCUUAGGUACACAUAAAAUUAGAAUCGUACCAUUAAAACGUAUUAGAAUGAAUGUCAUAGACGAAGUAUGGUAUUUUCUUUUGGUACAAAAUCCAUAGCACCCUUUCAUUAGGAAAACUACAGUUCGUUAGAAUGUUUUCUUUCCAGUUCUUUAGAAGAUUUGUCGUGAGUUAUAUACUCUGUGUGUUCCUGACCCCCGGGGGAUUUUACACACAGGCAAACGAAGGAGUCAGCAGAUUGAGUCUAGGUCGCGACCACGCUUAUGACGGUGUGACGUCAGUGAACAAGCAAUAUUAUGUUAAAAAUUUGCAAGAAACUAAUUUUGGGACGUGUGUUAGAAAUUGCCUGUUAUAUUCACGUGAAUGUGCUGCCCUUCUGUACAGUGAAACCCUGUUAUACUGCAGCCUCCUAAAGUGUCACCUCAACGAUAAACUGGUCAAUAGCAACAUAGAAGGAGGUGAUUGGGAAUACUGGAGAAAUAACCAGGCUUGUGAAGAAGGCUGGACCCCCUUUGCCGGACAUUGUUAUUUCUUCAAUGAAGCAAGAUCAAAGUGGAACGAUGCUGCGGAUAUCUGCUACCGUCAGGGUUCGUACCUGAUCGAAACGAACUCACCUGCGGAAAACACCUGGAUCAUGGAAUCUUUCCUUCUACCUGAAACUGGGGUUGAGAAAGAGUGUCCACACAUUUGGAGCUGUUCUUGUUGGAUUGGCGCAACUUACUACAAGUCUUCCGGUACGUUUGUAUGGAAUCACAGCGGCGGCGAAAUGGUGGUACCAGAAUGGGCGAAUGACCAGCCUAACAACUAUACCGGAAACCAGGAAUGUGUCAUCCUCAUGAGAUCUGGCAGCGCAAACGAUUUCGUAUGCAAUCAUGCGUUUCAAUUCGUUUGUGAGAAGGAUUGAAGAACACAGAAACAAAUAUUUGGCUUUUCAAUAAUAUGUUUGGCUACCGACAUAAACCGCCAACAAUGUGUUUGUGAAUAUAAAUGUUUAUUCGGGAAUGUUCAUGUUAUAUUCGAAUUACAGAGAGGGGUGUGUAGAUCUGCAUUAUAAUGUUAUGUAAUGAUUUUAUUUUGACCGAACUAAUGUUCUGUCUGCAAAUCAUAAAAUCUACUAUAUUAAGGU